AUGGAGCCACCUCAUGACAUUUUCUUUGGAGGUGAAGAGGAAUGUCACAGCAGUGAAUCUGGAUGGACUAUGUAUAUUGGUUCUCCAAUAAAAGAUGGAAAUCUUUAUGAUGAUGAUGAUGAUGAAGUCGAUUUUUAUCAAGGGAUACAUCAAACUCAAGGUAAUGCUGGAUUUGAAAGUGAUGAUUCUAUGGUUUCUGAUGCUUCUUCUGGACCAAGUCAUUAUGGUGUUAAUGUUAUUCAUUCUUUGGGAAAUUAUGAAGGAGGCUAUGGUUUGAGACAUUUCAAGAAAAAAGUGGAAGAUGAUGAUGAUGAUGAUGAUGACGACGAGCUUCAUGCUUACUAUUGCUUUGAUCAUCACAAGAAAGGACGAAGUAAAAAGAAAGAAAAUCAAAUAGGUGAAAAAAAGGGUGAAAAGAAACAAAAGGUUCAAGUUCAAGGUGGUGGAAGGUGA